AUGGAUCAGAGACCAACACCAAGUCGAAUGGCUUUACAAGCAAUAAAAUUGAAAAGUAAAGGAGCUAAACAAGGAUAUGAUUUAUUAAAAAGAAAAAGUGAUGCUUUGUCAAAUAAAUUUAGAGGGAUGUUAAAAGAGAUUGUUGAAACAAAACGUUCAAUAGGUAAUGAUGUUAAAGAGGCAUCAUUUGCAUUGGCAAAAGCAACAUGGGCAGCUGGUGAUUUUAAGGAUAGGAUAAUAGAAUCAUGUAAAAAACCAACAGUAACAAUGGAAGUUGGUACUGAAAAUAUUGCGGGUGUUAGAUUACCUAUUUUUGAGAUGAAAAUUGAUAAUAGUUCAUCUUCAGAAACAUGUCAUAUUGGCGUAGCAAGUGGUGGACAGGUAAUUCAAUCAACAAGAGAAAUUUACAUGAAAGUAUUAAGGGAUUUAGUUAAGUUGGCAAGUUUACAAACUGCAUUCUUUUCUUUGGAUGAAGAGAUUAAGAUGACAAAUCGUCGUGUAAAUGCAUUACAAAAUGUUGUUUUACCGAAAUUGGAGGACGGUAUGAAUUACAUAUUAAGGGAAUUAGAUGAGAUAGAAAGAGAGGAGUUUUUCAGAUUGAAAAAGAUUCAAGAGAAGAAGAAAGAAUGGGCAGAAGCUGAGCUUCAAGAGAAACUAAAGAUGGAGAAAAAGAAAUCUAAAGAGAAUGAUGGUAAAGGAAAUGAUUCUACUUCAUAUGACACAAAUAAUAAUUUUGGGGAUUCAAUUUUGGAGCAAAAGAAUGAAGGAAUUUUAUUUUAA